CCUGUUUUGACCGGAAGAGAUAAAAACCUUUCAGCUGUCAUGGCUGAAAAGAGGAAUGUUUUGGGGUUACCACUGCUGUUUUUAUUAUUAGCUGUGACUCUUUUGCAUUUAUUAAUUUGUCCGUUCACCAAAGUUGAGGAGAGCUUUAAUUUACAAGCGGCGCACGACAUUCUGUAUCACAGACUUAACGUUGACAAGUAUGAUCAUCAUGAGUUCCCUGGCGUGGUGCCACGGUCUUUCCUCGGCCCCCUGUUUCUCUCCGUGCUCUGCUCCCCCGUUGUGUUUCUGUCCUCUCUGCUGGAUGCACCGAAAUUCUACACACAGCUGAUAGUCCGAGCUUCCCUGGGAGUGUGUGUUGUCGGCGCACUGUGGCACAUGCAGAAGGAGGUAAGGAGGCAGUUCGGCUCCACAGUUGCAGGGCUCUUCUGUCUGACGUGUGCUUCUCAGUUUCACCUAAUGUUCUACAGCACCAGGACACUCCCUAAUGUGUUCGCACUGCCAGUAGUUCUGGUAGCAUUCACAUCUUGGAUGGCUCAGAAAUACGGACGGUUCAUCAGCCUCUCUGCUUUAGUCAUCAUUGUGUUCCGGUCGGAGCUCUGCAUCUUCCUGGGUCUCAUGUUACUGAUGUCACUGUUGAGUAGGAAGCUGGGACUGCUGCAGCUGCUUUACUGUGCUGUUCCUGCUGGGAUCCUGUCACUGGCUCUGACGGUGGCCAUCGACACCUUCUUUUGGGGGAAGUUGUUGUGGCCUGAGGGUCAGGUUUUGUGGUACAACACUAUUCUCAACAAAAGUUCCGACUGGGGAACUUCUCCCUUUCUGUGGUACUUUUACUCCGCUGUGCCCCGCGCCCUGGGCUUCACGCUGCUCUUCGUCCCCCUCGGCCUCCUUGACAGGCGGAUGAGGUUACUGCUGCUACCCACCGUAGGCUUCAUCCUCAUCUUCUCGCUGCUGCCCCACAAGGAGCUGCGCUUCAUAAUGUACACUUUCCCUGUGCUCAGCUUGGUGGCUGCCCGAGGCUGUUCUUUCAUUUUGUGCAACUACCAGAAAUCCUGGAUGUAUAAACUGGGCUCAGCAGUUGUGGUUGGCCAGCUGUUGACCAAUGCAGCGUACUCCAGUAUUAGUCUCUACGUUUCCCACCACAACUACCCAGGGGGCCGAGGACUGCAGGAACUACACAGGCUGUUGCCGGUCACAGCAGAUGUCUUUGUUCAUAUCGACACCUAUGCUGCUGAAACUGGAGUGUCUCGCUUCUUAGAGCAGAACAGAAACUGGAGAUAUGACAAACGUGAGGACCUGAGCCUCACAAAUCCGGACAUCAAAAUGUACUCGCACCUGCUGAUGGAGGCUAAUGUCACCAAGAUACGGCUCCUCCAGGACACUCAUCAGCCUCUGACCUUCAUUGAAGGUUACAGCAACAUUGCCUGCAACAUCUUUCACUUCCCGCCUGUCACCGUGCGAUUAGAGAGAAAGACUGUGCUCAUGGAGAGACUUCAACCGGACAACAAAGAAUGACUUUAACAGGAAUGUGUUGGAAUAAGGUGUUUCUAUAUGACCAAAAGAACUUAGACCAAAACAAGUGUUCUCAAAGGUUAUAAUGGGAUAGAUUGACAUGAAAAGAUGUCACAUUCCACUACAUUACCUGCUGACAUGUGCUACCCAAGUAGAUCUGUUGCACUGAACUGUCAUCUUUUUCUGAUGUUUAAAAUAGUUAUUUUCUCAUGCUGAUGUGUAAUGCAUUUCAUUAACAGCAAGGCAAGAGUUCAAUGCAUUCUUGCAGACGAGGAAACUUCUCCUGCAGACAGCUUUGUUUUUGUAUUACCUUGGGAUGUUUGUAUAUUUUUAAAUAGAUUUUAUAGAUGAAUAAAGCUGAAACAGGUCGAAGGAAAUCAGAUUGUG